CGCGUUGGAAGUGGGCGGUGGGGCGGCACCGGCUUUGGCAUGGCGGAGGUGGACCUUGAGUCAGAUCAGAUCCGACUGAAGUGUAUCCGUAAGGAAGGUUUCUUCACCGUGCCUCCAGAACAUAGGCUUGGAAGAUGCCGGAGCGUUAAGGAGUUUGAGAAGCUGAACCGAAUUGGCGAGGGCACCUAUGGCAUUGUGUAUAGGGCCCGGGAUACCCAGACAGAUGAAAUUGUUGCCCUGAAGAAGGUACGGAUGGACAAAGAAAAAGAUGGCAUUCCCAUCAGCAGCCUUCGUGAGAUCACAUUGCUCUUACGUCUCCGCCAUCCAAACAUUGUGGAGCUGAAGGAGGUGGUUGUGGGCAAUCACCUGGAGAGCAUCUUUCUGGUGAUGGGUUACUGUGAACAAGAUCUGGCCAGCCUAUUGGAAAAUAUGCCAACACCCUUCUCUGAGGCCCAGGUUAAAUGCAUCAUGCUACAGGUGCUUCGUGGCCUUCAGUACCUGCACAGGAACUUCAUCAUCCACAGGGACUUAAAGGUGUCCAACUUGCUCAUGACAGAUAAGGGCUGUGUAAAGACAGCUGAUUUUGGCCUGGCUCGGGCCUAUGGUGUUCCAGUAAAGCCAAUGACUCCCAAGGUUGUCACCCUCUGGUACCGAGCCCCAGAGCUGCUGCUUGGAACUACUACCCAGACUACCAGCAUUGACAUGUGGGCUGUUGGCUGUAUCCUGGCAGAGCUGCUGGCUCAUAAGCCCCUUCUCCCUGGUACUUCGGAGAUCCACCAGAUCGACUUGAUUGUGCAGCUGCUGGGGACUCCGAGUGAGAAUAUCUGGCCGGGUUUCUCCAAGCUGCCGUUAGCCGGCCAGUACAGCUUGAGGAAACAGCCCUACAACAACCUCAAACACAAGUUCCCGUGGCUCUCAGAGGCCGGACUUCGUCUGCUCAAUUUCCUCUUCAUGUAUGACCCUAAGAAAAGGGCAACCGCAGGGGACUGUCUGGAGAGCUCCUACUUCAAAGAAAAGCCCCUACCCUGCGAGCCGGAACUCAUGCCCACUUUCCCCCACCACCGAAAUAAGCGUGCUGCCCCAGCUGCCACUGAAGGGCAGAACAAACGAUGCAAGCCCUGAUGGUGGGUCCAGCCCAUCCCUGCACAUCCUCAUGGAUCAUCAGUGGGCAGACUGGGAGGACCCUCCAGGCCAAGAUGCCUUUGGCCCCUCCAGCUAACAUCCUUCUCUUCAGCUGACUUCUCCCUGUUAUCCUCUGUGCCCAGAUGCAAGUAGAUUAUGGACAGGGAUGUUGCUGAGUGGGGAUACCCAGCAAAGACUGGGCUGUUACAGCACCAUCUGGUGGCCUGUUACUCAUGGCAGCCUUGUCUGUCAGUGAAGCCAUGCUUCUUGGGAGGCAGUGCUAGUGUUAAGGCCCAAAGUUCCAAAUCAGUAUAGUGUUGGAACUGGAGCUAGGCAUUAACCUGCAGUGAGCAGGCCCAGGAGACCAUACUGUUGCUUGGUCACUAAGAGCUGUCCAGGACAGACAGGCUGAGGUGACCCAGGGCAGGGUGGUGGGGCUUCAGGUGGGAAGGAGGGAGUGUUGGUUGGGGCCAUGGUAGGAUGCUUUUAAGACUGUCAGAAUGAGAGCCCUUGCUGGAUGUGGCUGGCACUGAUACCCAGGGAAAGAAUUGGUGGGCUCCUUUUCCAGGGAUGGAGAGAUAAAAAGCCUUUCCAAUAGACAGUUUCACAAUCCUUUAAUGUA